UCGCCCUCCCCCAGGAUAGCCCGUCAUGCUUAGACGCGUAGCUUCACUGUCGUUCCUCACCCUAGGGUUGUUGUCACGCCUCGCUCUCGGUGACAACCCGAUUAACCCUGGCUUUCCCUACGGGUCUGAGAAAGUUCGUGGUGUGAACUUGGGAGGAUGGCUUGUGCUUGAGCCAUGGAUCACACCCAGUAUCUUUGACAACACCGGCAACCCCAACAUCGUUGAUGAAUGGACGUUCUGCCAAAUGCAAGACCGCAACACCGCGAUGAGCGUUCUGACCAACCAUUGGAACACCUGGAUCACGGAGUCCGACUUCGCUGCCAUCGCUGCUGCCGGAUUGAACCAUGUCCGCCUUCCGAUCGGCUACUGGGCUUUUGAAGUUGGCCCCGGGGAACCAUACUGCACUGGUCAGCUGCCUUAUCUCCAGCAGGCAGUCAGUUGGGCGGAGACCUAUGGGCUGAAGGUUAUUGUCGACUUGCACGGCGCUCCCGGUAGCCAAAACGGCUUCGACAACUCCGGCCAAAGGCUCUCAUUCCCCGGUUGGCACUCGAAUGCGACCAACGUUGCUCGUACGGAUGCUAUUAUCAAACAGAUUGCUUCGAUGUUCGCUGGCCAGGAGAACGUCGUGCCUAUCAUUGCUCCUCUGAACGAUUUCCCCUACGGCACCUCACAGGAGGGGAAUACCGUUGUAUUGCUCCAUGAUGCCUUCCAACCUUUGAGUUAUUGGAACGGUUUCCAAACCCCUCCGGGCUGGCAAGGCGUUGCGAUGGACACGCAUAUCUACCAGAUGUUCUCUCAGGAUGAAGUUUCCCGUUCUGACCAGGAGCACAUCUCGGCGGCCUGUGCUUACGCGUCUUCCUUGUCGACCUUCGAUCUUUGGAUCAUCGUUGGUGAAUGGACCCCUGCACCGACCGACUGUGCCACGUACCUGAAUGGGCGCGGUGUCGGCGCGCGCUACGACGGCACAUACCCCGGCUCCACCUUCGUCGGCAGCUGCGACGGACUCACCGGCAGCGCUUCGUCGUUCAGCUCGAGCUACAAGACCUUCCUGCGGCAGUACUGGGAGGCUCAAGUAAUUACCUUCGAGAAGGGCUCCGGCUGGAUCCAGUGGACAUGGAAGGCCGAGAACGCGGACGACUGGACCUACCAGGCUGGUCUCGCGAAUGGCUGGAUCCCACAGAACCCGACGCAGCUUAUGUACCCCAACAUCUGCGGGUGAGCGAGAGUUACUUGAGGAGAUUUUUGAGACAUUACAUUCUAGAAGCACACACGAUCUUUGACACCGCACUUCUAUACAUCACGCUCUUUGGCCGCUUCGUGUUUGAUUAUACCUCGGACGUCAUACCCUUCUCUGUUUGCAAUUCUUCGCGUAUGUGCAGUCUCUAGAUGUGCAAUGCCAUAUAUUCCCG